AGAGAAAGUAAGAGAGCGAGACAGAGACGUCUAUUUCGGAAGACAUAAGUCAUUAAGAACCGGGUAUGGAUGCUUCUUAGACCUUGAGACAUGUGGGAUUGAGAGGGUCGGUGUCCUAGCAAGAGGACUGCUGGAAACAGCAGCACCACAGUAGCGGCGGCAACGUCCUGGAACAGAUUCCCUUUUUUGGAGUGAAGGAUGAGAUGUGUUGGUGUUGGAGCUCUAGCACUGACUCAGAGGACCCCCUCCCUGUAGGAUCUAGCCACCGUUUCUUCUCACCAUGAAUGUUGCCGUGUCCCCCAUGGCCAGCGAGGCCGCCUCGCCCAUGAUCACCUCCGUCACCCCCACCCUGGGGCCCUGCCUCAGCCCCCGAGACGAGGAGGAAGAGGAGGAGUGCAGCCCGGCCGAGACCAGUGGCCGCGGCGCAGAGGAGGAGGAAGAGGAGAUGCACGCCCAGGUGGCGUCUGCGCAUGCCGGGCACAGCAGGUACCAGAAGCCCCCGCCCCUGCACACCGGCGCCGACUGGAAGGUGGUGCUGCACCUGCCCGAGAUCGAGACCUGGCUGAGGGCCACCACGGAGAGGGUGCGGGACCUCACCCACUUUGUGCACCAGGACUCCCAGAACAAGCAUGUGGACGUGCAUCUGGUCCAGCUCAAGGACAUCUGUGAGGACAUCUCGGACCACGUGGAGCAGAUCCACGCUCUCCUGGAGACCGAGUUCUCCCUGAAGCUGCUGUCCUACUCGGUGAACAUCAUCGUGGACAUCCGCAGCGUGCAGCUGCUGUGGCACCAGCUGCGUGUGUCCGUGCUCGUGCUGAAGGAGAGGCUCCUCCAGGGCCUGCAGGACUCCAACGGCAACUACACGCGCCAGACCGACAUCCUCCAGGCCUUCUCCCAGGACCACGACGAGACUCGCCUGGACGCUCUGACCGAGGUUGACGACUCCGGACAGCUGACCAUCAAGUGCAGCCGGGACUACUUCUCGCUGGACUGCGGCAUCACCGCCUACGAGCUGAGCGACUACAGCCCCAGCGACGACCCCGAGGGCCACGGCCGGGGCCCCGAGCCCCGCAGCCUGUACCCCGAGUUGGAGCGCGAUCUCCCCGAGUUGCUGCAGAGCGUGGACCUGCUGACCAUCGCGGCCAAACAGCUGUCCUCCUCCAAACAGAACCUGACCGGAGAGACCAGCGCCGAGCAGCCGAGCACCUCCACGGAGGGGCUCAAAGCUUCGCCCAGAACACUCUCUGUUAACGGAGACUCGACAUCUGCACCCACAAUGCAGUGUGACACCCCUCAAGGGGAGAGUGUCCUCUCUAAACGCCCCCUACAGGGCAGUUACAGUAACAAGGUGUCCCCCACACAGCCGUCCCUUCCCAAACGGGCCAUGUUCCUGGAGGGGGAUGCUGACCACAAGAUGCAGAGGUCCUCUCUGCCCAACGCCCUACAGUUCCAGGCCGACUUAAGCCGAAGCACCCCUUCCCUACUGGACCCUCCAGACCGAUCCAAAUUCUGGUUGGACCUUGACUCUGUGUACCCCAGCAAUGCCAGGCACUCGUACGAAAGCCUCAACGCCAUGAACAAGAGGAACCUGCAGGCGAGCAGGCAGAGCACUUACCAGAGGCCCCCGGUCCCAGGGGCAGCCCACAUACCCCUGCAGAGAAGCUCCUCAGCGGCAGGCCACGGUGGGCCCGAACUGGACAACGCCGCCUCCGCCAGUCCCCCGAAAGACAAAGCCCCGCGGAGCGGUCAGUUCACCCACUCAGACUCUGACAGCCCCUUACCGGUCACUCCUGACAUCAACCCCUCAGACUUUGAGGCCUGCGAGGACCUCUCCUCGUCCAGUCCGGAGGUGCCCUCCCCGUCCGCCGCCAACGCCUCCCUGUUGAUCGUCCCUCGGGCCUCGGGCUCCCAGAUCGUCCCUCGCGGCGAUGGCCCCAGUCCCAACGAGGAGCGCUGGUACGGCUCGGACGAGUUCCUGGCGCUGCCAUCCCAGUUGAGGAAGACGGAGAUGCUGGCCAUGAAGCUGGAGAGCCUGGCCAAAGUGCUCCCGCAGAGGCUGACCCAGGAGUCCAUCCAGGACGUGGACGACUGGGAGCUGACCGAGGCCAACCAGGACUGGGAGGGCGGCAGCAGCAGCAGCUGCCGCAGCAGCCCGCAGCCGUCCUUGCUCACCGUCCUGGCCUACAAGAAGCCAUUUCUGGGGCGUCUGUCCCCGACCUCCUCCAGCGACAUCGCCCCGUCCCUGGACGAGAGCAUCGAGUCCGGGCCCCUCAGCGACCUGCUCUCGGAGGACGAGGUGGGCUGGGGUGCCCCAGAGUCCAAGAGGAGGGGUCCGUUCAUGACGUCAUCCCCAGCCCCAAGACUGGAGGCUCAGUGCAAACCAGUGAUCCAGCAGCUGCUGGAAGACAUCCAGCAUCAGGAGAACUACCAGGACAUCUGGGGCAAGCUUGAGGGCUUCGUGAGCAAGCUGGACGAGUUCAUCGGCUGGCUGACCGAGGCUCUGGAGACCACAGAAAACUGGACCCCGCCCAAGGCAGAGAUGGACAGCCUGAAGCUUUACCUCGAGACGCACCUCAGCUUCAAGAUGAGCGUGGACAGCCACAGUGGCCUGAAGGAGCGGGUGCUGGACGAGGGCCGACAGCUGCUAGAAGUCAUCCGCUCCCACAAAUCAGGCCUGCGGGACAUGCUGGAGAUGAUCGCGCACCAGUGGCAGGAGCUGCAGCGUCAGGUGCGUCGGCAGCACGGCUGGAUGCUGCGCGCGCUCGACCUCCUCAAGGCCCAGGUCCUGGCCCGCGAGACCUCCCAGGGGUGGCAGGCCCGUCCGCCCAGCCCCAAGGGGGAGAUGCAGAGGAGCCGCAUGGAGGCCCAGAAGGACAUCCUGGAGCAGAUGACCCUGAAGCUUAAGAACCAGCAGUUCUGUCCGGCUGCCAAGGGUACUCGAGAGCUCGCCCAGAUGUCCAAGAACAACAGCAGUCUGCAGGAGUUUGAGUCAGAGUACCAGGAGCUGUGGGAUUGGUUGAUGGACAUGGAAUCUAUUGUGACGGACAGCCAUGAUCUGAUGAUGUCGGAGGAACAACAGCAGCACCUCUACAAGGGCAACAGUGUGGAGAUGGCCAUGUGGCUCCCCAAGAAGAGGCAGCUGCUGGGCUGGGCGGAGUCUUUGCAGCGGAGCGGCACGGAACUGCCUCCUGACUUUGAGCAGCGCCUCACCGUCCUCAAGAACAAGUGGGACCAGCUAGAGCGGACGUUGGUGGAGCACGUGGGCAGCAGCGGUGGGGGCAUCCAGGACCCCCGCGCCCUCCUGUCCCCGGGCACCAAAGGGAUGCUGGGCCAGCUGGAGGGCAAGAUCAAGGAGCUGAAGCGCUGGCUGCGCGACACCGAGCUCUUCAUCUUCAACAUGUGUCUGCGGCAGGACACCGACGUGCAGCAGGCCCACGCCCAGCUGCAGCAGUUUAAGUCCCUGUGUGUGGAGGUGCGUGGUCGGCGCCGGGGCAUGGCGUCUGUGCUGCGUCUGUGCCAGCGGCUGCUGGAGCAACCGGACCAGGCGCAGGCCGCAUCUGGCCCGGACCCGGACGCCGAGCGCGACAGCCUGCAGCUGCUGGCGGUCAACCUGGAGCGGCGCUGGGAGGCCAUCGUCAUGCAGGCCCUGCAGUGGCAGACGCGCCUGCAGAGGGAGCUGGGCAGGGAGCAGGUCCCAGGGAACCUUCUAGAACCUUCACUCAUGGACCUGCGCGGCCCGUCGGAGGACUCGUGGGAGUGGGACGAGAUGGACAUGACCAUUGUGAACAUGGAGUUGCAGGAGGACUGCGUCGACAAGCGCAACCCUGCAUGCCAAUUAGCCCCGGGAUCCCUCGGGGAAACGCUAGACGGACCUGAACCGCGUCCAGGUGUCACACAACGCCGGAUGACCUUGGACGGCCCGGAGACGAGUCCCGUGCCCCCCACCUCCUCCUCCUCCACCUCCUCCUCCCUGCCGUGCGGCGUGUAUCAGGUGUACAGCAUGCAUAACGUGGAGCUUUAUCAGCAGCCCGUGUUCCCGAGCCGCAAGACGAGCCCGGCCAGAGCGCGCGGCAAACAGACGCACCAUCAGCUGCUCCUCAAGAGCCUGAGCAAGGACUCCUCCUUCUCCUCCGUGGAGUCCCUGCCCGACAUCCUGGGCGGCCUCCUGGGGGUCAAGCCGGGGGUCAAGGAGUCGUCCCAGCGCUCGGAGAGCGAGAGCGGCAUCGUCAGCGAGGGCGACACGGAGACCACGGGCCACUCCGACGCUGGGCCGCACGAGCAGAGCGGCGACGAGGGCCGGGCGGACGUCACGCUCCUCCUCGGCGGCGGCUCCUCGUCUCCCGAGGGCGAGCGCGUCGGCGUGCGCGACGAGGACAUCGACCGGAUCCUGGCGCGCGCCAACAAGUGCGCGGCGUACGAGUGCGAGGAGGUCGCCAUGCUGGGCAAGGGGCAGUCGAGGACGGCGCAGAGGGCGGCGCGCAAGAAGCGCGAGGAGGGCACAGAGGGCAGGAGGCGGCACCGCAAGGAGCCCGUGGAGAUCCUCAUCAACGGGCGCGGCUACACCCCCGAGCCCGGCCACGAGAGCGGGCACGACCGCGGCGGCGGCGACUCGGGCACGUGCGACGACGUCUCGUCCUCGGACGGCAGGCCCCGGGGGGAGGGGGAGCUGGCCCACCUCCUCCUCUCGCAGGGCUCCUCCCUGGAGUCCCUGUGCGGCCCCGGGGAGCUCUUCCCCUCCGGCAGAGACGGCCUGCACCGCAGCACCUCCCUGGAGAGCUGGCUGGCCCCCAGCAAGAGUCCCGAGGACGGGGGCAGUCGCGGCAGCCUCCGAGACCUCAACCAGGGUGGAGGAGCUGGAGGAGGUGGUGGAGGUGGUGGGGAGCCUCCAGCGGCGGCGGGGGAGCUGAGCAGGAGGACCCUGGAGCUCCUCAAGCGCCUGGAGAACAUCCAGAGCCCGCUGGGCCAGACCAUGACGCGCAGCAUCUCGGACAUCACCCUGCAGAGCAGCUCCCUGAGGCUGGCCGGUGCCGGACGGGGCCCGCGCUCCUCCGGGGCCACCUCGUCCUCGGUCAACGAGAGCUCGGCGGCGUCGCUGACCGAGCUGAGCGGCACCGAGGACUCGUCGGUGGCCUCCGAGGACAUGGCCGUGCUGAGGAACCGCCUGGCGCCGCCCAACGCCAACGCCUCCUUCCGGAAGCACUGCCACCGCAACCGCCACCAGGGGGCGCCGCACGCAGCAGGGGUUGGGGGGGGCGCGGCCGUGGGCCCGGGCGAGGACGUGGACGCCAACAUCAGCAUGGUGGUGAACGUCUCGUGCACGUCGGCCUGCACGGACGACGACGAGGACGACAGCGACCUGCUGUCCAGCUCCACGCUGACGCUGACCGAGGAGGAGCUGGGCCUCAAGGACGACGAGGAGGACUCCAGCGUCACGUCCGAGGAGGAGGACUACAACGAGGGCGCCUUCGCGCUGGGCCUCGACUACAUGAAGAACGAGUUCCAGAACUGGGCCAAGGCGUCGGGCCGCUCGCAGGCCCGGGGCGGCAACGGCGGCAAUGGCGGCGGCAACGACCACCGCAACGAGGCCGACCUCGACGACGAGCUCCAGUGCGGCACGGCGCCCCAGGGCGCGCCCGCCGCGCCCGUCGCCCCCGGCAACGGCGACCGGAGCCACUUCCUGAACCGCUCGGCGCUCAAGCUCCUCGAGACGCACGCCAACGCCAAGAACGAGGGCCUGCGGCAAAAGCAGCAGCAGCAGCAGCAGCAGCGGCGGCACCAGGACCCGGUGGAGACCCGGCGCAAGGCCGCCACGCGCACCUACAUCAGCCAGUUCGUGGACGACAUGGAGAACGGCAACGUGGACAACGCCCACCACGCCAAGGCCAAGGACGAGGACGACGAGCUGCUCCGCGAGGAGGGCAGCCUCUUCACCAAGAAGGGCGAGUCGUUCAAAGACUGCUACGCCGCGCUCGACCCGUCCGGCGGCGGUAACGGCGGCCAGUCCAGGGGGAUGGUGACGGCGGUCAGCCCCUCGUCCUGCGAGCUGCUGUCCCUCCAGACCAAAGAGUCGUCGCUGGAGAGCCAGCUGAAGGGAGAGAUUCCGUGCCACAGCUCCCGCCGGCCCUCGCCCGCCGUCUCGCCCAUGGAGGACUGCGCGGGGUCGCCGCACGGCAUGAUGGGAACGCCGCCCGCCAACUGCUGCCUCCAACAGCAGCAGCAGCAGCAGCAACAGCAGCAACAGCAGCAGCACUUUUGCUACCUGAACGACAUUCGCGACGCCCAGCGAGAGGACAUUCCGUCUCCCGACCCCCCUUGCUGCGUCCACCACGCCUUCCCGUCGGCGGACGGCGGCGAGAAGGGCGAGAACGUGCACGACUUUGUCAUGGAGAUCAUCGACAUGACGUCCGUGGCGCUGAAGAGCAAGGAGCAUCCGGACGUCGCCAUGGAGGAGGAGCCGGAGGGGUCGUCGUCGGCCGCCUCGCUGAUCCGCGACAAGGUGCUGGAGCACUCGCACCGCGGCCUGCACCUGAACAAGGGCGACUUCUACUCCUACCUGUCGCUCUCGUCGCACGACAGCGACUGCGGCGAGGUGACCGUGCACGCGGACGACGACGAAGACGACGACGACGACUACGAAGGAGGCCGCGGCAAGAGCGCCUCCCCGCCGGCGCUGCUGUCGCGCGUGCCCGACGUCCUGCUCCGCGACGAGGAGCCGCUCUUCGAGGCCUGCACCGAGGAGGUCUACCUGGGGCCGCCGCUCUGCUACAGCAUGUCCGUCACCAAGCGCCCGCGGCACCGGCGUUUCGCACCCUCCGCCUCCUCCGCCUCUGCCGUUACCGAGAGCCGCCUCCCCGUCCCCGUCCCCCGCCAAGCUCCUCCAUCACCGCCGCCCCCGCUGCCGCCGCCCCGUGAUGAAUACCAAAAAGCACAUGGUAUUUCUCCAGGAAGCGCAGCCGCAAGCCAGCCGGAGGACUAUAAUGAGGCCCCUUAUCUUAAUCCCUUACCAUGUGAAACCCCGAUAGACACUGUUGAAUGUUUUGCAGAUACUAAAAUGCUUGAAUCCAAUAUUUCUCCUGUAAUGACUAAGAUAAGAGUCUCUUGCUCCAGUACAAAUCCUUUAAAAGAGGAAGGCGGCCUCUGUAUUAAUCCUAAAAUUAACUGUCCCGCGAUAAGGAGGGCCGAUAGGGACGAGAAAGGCCCCGCUUCGCUCGCGAUGAAACAGAAGAAUGUCAGGAAAGGGCGCAGCUCUCUUCAGGAAGCCAAGGCCAGCCACAAACAGUCUCCAAGGUCAGCGGGCAGCAGUGGGGGAGUGGGGGUGUGGAAGGCAGCCCAGGGCAGUGCUGCCCGCGCCUCUGACAGCUCAUCUGGGCUGCGGACUGGGAGCACUCGGCCCCAGGUCAGGAGGCAGUCUGGCGCUCUGGCGGCUCCCGUGGCUAAGCCCUGAUGCUCCGAGGGCUCCGGCGGCAACAGAUGGGUGCUGGUGGUGCUUUUUAUUUUUCAUUGUGCCGAGAUCUCCCUCCGUCCUGGUGCGCGGCUCACCGAGGCUCCGGCCUCACACGGCUUCCUCUGCUCUCACCUCUCCACGUACGCAGUUACACACACACACACACACACACACACAUACACAGACAGAGAGACACACACACAUACACAGAGAGAGAGAGAGACAAACACACACGUAUACCCCUUCGGAUUAUUAGCUGUUAUACUGCUGACCUUUGACCUCAGUGUGACCCCUCUGACCCCUAACCCCUAACCCUUGCACCUCCAUUCUCUCUUUCUGUCCAUCCACCCCUGAACUACCUCGUAGGUCUUCCAACAUUCUCCAGCCCCCAUGACCCUCUGUACACUUCAUACUUCCACACACACAAACAAUAUGCACCACACAACAUGCACACGUACACACACAAAUAUAUGAACACACACACACAUACAUACAAUAUAUACAGUAUAUAUAUACACGCACACACACACACAUAAACACACAUACACUCUCUCUCUCAUACACACACACACACACACACACAAGUACACUCAUCAAAUGAAUAUACUGUGUAUUCUCUCACAUAAACAGUUACAUAAUGCCACUCACAUAGAGCCAGCCAGCCUCACACACCUUGCCAGUGCGCAUGGCAUAUACUGUAUCUCUGUCUCAGCUUCCAUGCACUCAGCUGCAGAUAUUUAAGUCCAGGGCACAGGUACACCCCCAACU